GUGACAGAGAAGUCAGUUACAGGUCCAGAGCCGCUGCACCAUGAGCGUGUCUGCGCUGAGCCCCACCCGGCUCCCGGGCAGCCUCUCCGGGCUCCUCCAAGUGGCGGCCCUGCUGGGCCUGCUCCUGCUGCUGCUCAAGGCAGCUCAGCUCUACCUGCACCGCCAGUGGCUGCUCAGAGCGCUCCAGCAGUUCCCGUGCCCGCCCUUCCACUGGCUCCUGGGGCACAGCCGAGAGUUCCAGAAUGACCAGGAGCUAGAACGGAUUCAGAAAUGGGUAGAGAAAUUCCCUGGUGCCUGUCCAUGGUGGCUGUCGGGGAACAAAGCUCGCCUCCUCGUUUAUGAUCCCGACUACCUCAAAGUGAUUCUGGGACGAUCAGACCCAAAGGCUCCUCGUAACUAUAAGUUAAUGACUCCCUGGAUUGGGUACGGUCUGCUCCUGCUGGACGGGCAGACAUGGUUCCAGCAUCGGCGCAUGCUCACCCCAGCCUUCCACUACGACAUCCUGAAGCCCUAUGUGGGGCUCAUGGUGGACUCCGUCCAAAUCAUGCUGGACAGAUGGGAACAGCUGAUCAGCCAGGACUCCUCGCUGGAGAUCUUCCAACACGUCUCCCUGAUGACCCUGGACACCAUCAUGAAGUGUGCCUUCAGCUACCAGGGCAGCGUCCAGCUGGACAGGAACUCCCACUCCUACAUCCAGGCCAUCAAUGACCUGAACAACUUGGUAUUUUACCGAGCGAGGAACGUCUUUCACCAGAGUGACUUCCUGUACAGGCUGAGCCCUGAAGGCCGCUUGUUCCACCGUGCCUGCCAGCUCGCCCAUGAGCACACAGACCGAGUGAUCCAGCAGAGGAAGGCUCAGCUGCAGCAGGAGGGGGAGCUGGAGAAGGUCAGGAGGAAGAGGCGCUUGGACUUCCUGGACGUCCUCCUCUUUGCCAAGAUGGAGAACGGGAGCAGCCUGUCCGACCAGGACCUCCGCGCCGAGGUGGACACGUUCAUGUUCGAGGGCCACGACACCACGGCCAGCGGCGUCUCCUGGAUCUUCUAUGCCCUGGCCACGCACCCCGAGCAUCAGCACCGGUGCCGCGAGGAGAUCCAGGGCCUCCUGGGGGACGGAGCCUCCAUCACCUGGGAGCACCUGGACCAGAUGCCCUACACCACCAUGUGCAUCAAGGAGGCGCUGAGACUCUACCCACCAGUGCCAAGUGUUACCAGACAGCUCAGCAAGCCCGUCACCUUCCCUGAUGGACGCUCCCUCCCCAAGGGUGUCAUUCUUUUUCUCUCCAUUUAUGGCCUUCACUACAACCCGAAGGUGUGGCAAAACCCAGAGGUGUUCGACCCUUUCCGGUUUGCACCAGAUUCUGCUUACCACAGCCACGCUUUCCUGCCCUUCUCAGGGGGAGCACGGAACUGCAUCGGGAAACAAUUUGCCAUGAGGGAGCUGAAGGUGGCCGUGGCCCUGACCCUGCUGCGCUUCGAGCUGCUGCCGGAUCCCACCAGGAUCCCCAUCCCCAUCGCACGGGUUGUGCUGAAGUCCAAGAAUGGGAUUCACCUGCGUCUCAGGAAGCUCCACUAACCCUGCUGGGGACUAGAACAGGCUCUGAGGCUUCCUACCUGGCAUCCCGCCUUUGGAUCACCUGCCUGUGUCCACUGCCCCUCUGCACACACCCUGCUUUCUCUGUGCCCACCUGCCCUUCUUGCACCUGCCUGCCUUCCUGUCUCCUGUCUCUCUGUCCUCUCCCCCACCUUUCUGCAGGCGUCCAGCCUGCUUGUCUGUCUACCUGUCUGAAUCUCUAGUUGUCACAUCACCCCCGAUCACUGCCAGCCCUCCAGCCUGCCUGUCCCUCUACCCUUUGUGCUGCUUGUCUGCCCCUUUGGGAGCUUCCUAUUGCUUCUAAAAAGUGAUCAAAACUUCAGCGGUUUUAGUGACAUUAGUUACUCUUUUACGGUUUGGAAGAUCAGAAGUCAGCAGAGUGUUUUCCUGGGACACACCAAGUAAAGAUAAUCCCUAAGUCACUACGAUGAAAGAUUCUCAGACUUCACCCUGGUCUGAUGGUCCCAGGCACUUGAGUUUGUGGUCGCUCCCUGGGUAGUGAUGUGUGGUGCGAAACUUGCUUGUGGUGUAGGGCAUGGCAGCCAGUGCCCCUCUCCAUCAGCCUCAGGUUCACAGGGCCGACACAACGUACAGCGCAGGGUGCUUUGACACUGCGAUAUGUGGUAGGUUAGCUGUAUUAAAUGCACCCUCAACUUCCAUUUUCAACCAGGCAGGAGUUCACUGGGAUGAGAGCCCACGGCCCUAGGAGAGGCUUCUGUUUGUGCAGGGCCACCCUCCGUCCAGGGCUCUGGGCAGACUUCCUUCCUCUCCUUUCCCAUUCCCAGAGCUCCAUUCCCUGCACUCUGUGGCUUCUGGACUCUUCCUCCUCAUUCAGAUCCAUGGAACUUUCACAUUUCUCUGCUUCUCUGUGUCACCUGCAGUGUCCUAUGGGCCCUCACGACUACCUUGCAUGCACUCAGAUAGGACAGGACAAGUCACAGGUGUGCCAGGAUAGGACUUGAACCAGACACGGGCAUUCUUGAGUCUAGCGCAGUCCCUUCCCGACCACCACCCACUCUGUCCUUGUAAUCUCUCCCGCAAGUUGUCUGAGCAUCUUCCCACAUAAAUAAAGUUCACAAGUUGUGUGCA